GCGCAUGCUCAGAGAGUGAUCGCGCAGGGGCGCAGAGGUGGACGUUACGCCGGCAAGAUGGCGAAGGUCUCGGACUUGUACGAUGUGACCUGGGAAGAGAUGCGUGAUAAAAUGAGGAAGUGGAGGGAAGAAAACUAUCGGAACAGCGAGCAGAUAGUGGAAGUUGGAGAAGAGUUAAUUAAUGAAUAUGCAUCUAAGCUUGGGGAUGACAUAUGGAUAAUAUAUGAACAGGUGAUGCUUGCUGCCCUGGACUGCAGUCGGGAUGACUUGGCGUCGUUUUGUCUUCAGGAGCUAAGGCGACAGUUCCCUGGGAGCCACAGAGUUAAGCGAUUAACUGGCAUGAGAUUUGAAUACAUGGAAAGGUACGAUGACGCCAUCCAGCUAUAUGACAGAAUUUUACAAGAAGAUUCAACCAAUACAAGCCACCAUGCUGGCUGCAGCUCAUCUGUGUCACAGCUGUUGGAUAAAGUUGAAAAUUACCAUGAUAUGGUAAAGGCAACAAGAAAGCGUAAGAUUGCCAUUCGAAAAGCCCAGGGGAAAAAUGUUGAGGCCAUCCGAGAGCUGAAUGAGUAUCUGGAACAAUUUGUUGGGGACCAAGAAGCUUGGCAUGAACUUGCAGAACUUUACAUCAAUGAGCAUGACUAUGCAAAGGCGGCCUUCUGUUUGGAGGAGCUUAUGAUGACUAAUCCACACAACCACUUAUAUUGUCAGCAAUUUGCUGAAGUUAAAUAUACCCAAGGCGGGCUUGAAAACCUUGAGCUAUCAAGAAAAUAUUUUGCACAAGCAUUGAAACUGAACAACAGAAACAUGAGAGCUUUAUUUGGACUAUACAUGUCUGCCAGCCAUAUUGCUUCCAAUCCUAAAGCGAGUGCAAAAAUGAAAAAGGACAAUAUGAAGUAUGCCAGUUGGGCAGCUAACCAAAUCAACAGAGCUUACCAGUUUGCAGGUCGCAGUAAGAAAGAGACUAAGUACUCUCUGAAGGCAGUGGAAGACAUGUUGGAAGCCCUGCAAAUCACUCAAUCUUAGGCUGUCACAAAAAGAUCUAAUGUUAGAUUUUACAACUCCAUGUUCAACCUUUAAUGAUCUAUGAGUUAUGUUACUUUAACUAACAAUGGAAUUAGGCAUUUAAUGUGCUAUCUUAAAGGAUGUUUUUAUGAAAAUUUAAAAUGUCUAUUUAUUGCUGCUGUGAAGAAGACACAAUGAAAACUCACUGAAAUGUAUAACUUAUCCCAGGAAGAUAACAAAGAAAUUAAAUGUAUUGCACAUCAGUCUCUUUAGAUCUUGUAUGUACAGUGACUGCUUUUUAAGCCAUAACCUGAUGUAGAAAGAAACUUGUUAAAUGAUCAAGUACAAUUAUGUAUUGGGCCUGCAGACUUAUACAUAUAGAUGAAUACCAUAUGUUAGAUAAAAUUAUCUUAAUUGAAUACUUGAGUUAAAAUGUGGUAAAAGGUAAACAAUUACUGAGCAGUAUUCAUUAUACAAACACGAAUCAUUACUGUACCUGUGCACAGUUUAUUCAAGAAUAAAUUUGAUAUUAAAGUU